CAAUGAUCCGUACUAAAUCUUCCCAACUUUUCCGUUUUUAAAAGUUUAUUCAUAUCUUUUAUUUUACGAACCAAACUUUGUCUCGACUUUUAGAUGUUACGGAACACAUUGAGUUUUAGAAAGCACCCUCUGAAUGGUUUCCUUUUCGUUAUUUUAAAAGUUUUUGAUUUAACAUUUGAUGUGUAAACAGUUGUCUCUUAUAUACGCCGUACCAGCUGUCAACUACACUUUACGGAAUCAGAGCAUGAAAUGUUUGCUCAUUAGUUUAGAUUUGAAUUAAUGGGGAAAUGCGUUUGUUAGUUUUACUCCGUCAUAUGAAAAUGUGAUGAUAAAAUAGUCAUAUUCAUUAUAAUUUCACGUGAAAUUUGCAUUUUAUGCAAAACUUUAUUUUUGAAAUAUUAAAUGAAUUAAAUUUUUAAUAACUUGCAUUUCCUUCUAUCCUCCAAUAUGCAUAAAUCUUAUUUAGAAUUCGAUUUUCAUGUAGAAGAUCUGUUGUUUAAGGGUUUAACGAUAGAAUCAGUUAGUGGAAUGGUUGGAUUGUGUAUAUGUGUGGCAAUAUUUACUUUUAUCUAUGAAACGGUGAAGACUCUGCGCCAAAAACUUGUGGCUUCGUUGGGAAAAAGCCAGCAAGAAUAUGCUGCAAUGGAGAUCAGAUCUGAAAGAGCAAUGCUUGUGGAGAUGAAAGAAACAAAUUACAAAUGGAAAAGAUUCAGAAUCCAUGCCAUCCAUGCCUUACUGUACAUGGUCCAGGUCACUAUGGGCUAUCUACUCAUGCUCAUCAUCAUGAGCUACAAUGCUUGGCUAGCAAUAACUGUAUUCACGGCAGCCGGAUUCAGCUAUUACUUCUACAGCAUGUAUGUCCUCAAUCGCCCCACAGUCGUCCCCACUGAGAUCCUCACACCCGGAGAAUGUGACUAGUCCGUCCACCUGCAUUUGUCUUCAAUUCUACACUUGUUGCUUUUGUUUUGUUUGUUUUAUGUAUAGAGAGUACGUUAAUUAUUUUAUUGUGAUCUGUAACGGAUGAUCUCCCUAUCUGCUCCAGCGGAUAUCCUUUGUUGUUAUUUUAUUGAUGUGUGUACAUAAUUUAUGCAUAUUUUAACCACAGAUGAAAUGGCAACACGCCAGAUAGUUUUAUAAACGUUGAGAAUCUCGUUGCUUUAGUCCUUCAGUAAAUCUGAUAUUUUCCACACAGUGGAUUUCUAAGUCUUGUAAAAUUAUGUUAGAUCUGUAUGCAAAAAUAAAUGCAGUUUAUAAAAUUUUCUCAAAUCUA